AGGGUGCCAGGGGAAAUGGUUGCUGCUGUGAUUGUGGGGAGGAGAGAGUCAUCUGAUAGACCCUGAGGAGGUGGAAUCUGCAGGGUGUCAGAACAGGGCCUGGGACCGUGGAGGGGGACCGGAGUGGUGGCAAAAGCUGGGGUUCAGCCUCUCUCGAUUGUCACCACCAGAAAGGCUGCAAGUGGGGGUGGGGAUGCACUUUGACGCGGUGACUCAAGCGAGUGAUAGCAGCGAGGUGAGGGGGCGGAGCAAAAGAAGCUGGAAGGAAAGAAGGAAGGAAGGAGAGGGAGCUGCGGAAGAAAGCCAUUUGGUCAAAGAGUGAGCAGAGCCCUCAACAAGAAGAGAGGCAAAGACAAAGUCACCAUGGCAUCAGUGUCCACUCAGGGGAGCCAAGAGAAAGGUCCCCACUUGCCACCACUGAGCAAGCAGAGCAUGUUGUUUUGUCCAAAAUCAAAACUGCACAUCCACAGAGGAGAGAUAGCCAAGAUUAUUCGAGAAUGUCAAGAAGAAAGUUUCUGGAAGAGAGCUCUGCCUUUCUCUCUUGUAAGCAUGCUUGUCACCCAGGGACUAGUCCACCAAGGUUACUUAGCAGCUAACCCAAGACUUGGAUCAUUGCCUAAACUUGCACUUGCUGGCAUCUUAGGAUUUGGCCUUGGAAAGGCUUCAUACAUAGGAGUAUGCCAGAGUAAAUUCCAUUCUUUUGAAGAUCAGCUGCGUGGAGCUGGUUUUGGUCCAGAGCAUAACAGGCAUUGCCUGCUUACCUGCGAGGAAUGCAAAAUAAGGCAUGGAUUAAGUGAAAAGGGAGAUUCACAGCCUUCGGCUUCCUAAACUAUCUAUGGCUUUUGAGUUUUCUAAACCUCUGAAUUUAUACACAUUUAAAAUUUCAAGAGUACUUUAAAAUAAUAUACUUCUUUUGAUUCUCUUGCUCUUUUGAAAUGCUUUCUGUGGAAGGCUCUCACCUGAAUUGAGCAUGACAUAUUUUUCUGCUAAGAACAUGUUGAGAGCCCUCACAUACCAAACAAACACACAAUAACAGCAGCAGAUGAUAUUGCACCCUGCCUGGCUUACAGCUGAGUAAAGGAAUUGAGUCUUCUCUGAUUAGCCUCCAUCUUUUCUUUCACUCUGCUUUUCUUCAAUGUUUUAAGUUCUCUAGUAGAGGACAGGAAUGAAUGAGGAGGAAGCUGGGGAGUCAUGACCCAAAGAAAAUUCACGUAUUUGGAGAUAGAAGUACAGGAUGAGAAAGAUGGUGUCUUUUAUAAGCACUAGAAGUGUUUCCCAUUGCUAGGCAUGGUGGCGCAUGCCUGUAAUCCCAGUGGCUCGAGAGGCUGAGGCAGGAUUGAGAGUUCAAAGCCAGCCUCAGCAACUUAGCAAGGGCCUAAGCAACUCAGUGAGAUGCUGUCUCCAAAUAAAAUAUGGGGAUGGGCUGGAGAUGUAGCUCAGUGUUUUAGUGCCCCUGAGUUCAAUCUCUGAUACCAAUAAAUAAAUAAUAAAUAAAUGAAUAAGAAGUGCUUCUCAAGACAUAGGAGCCAAGAUUUCAUUCAAAAUGGUCAAAAUAUGAAACAACUGUCCUUUCAGUGAUGGACGUAACUGUGAGGCUCAUCAGUGCAUGAGGUUUUUAAAAACACCUAUCAUCUUUCAGUUACCUGCUAAGCUAAUAGGUACGCAUUUGUGAUCACUCUUUAACAGGGUACUUUUGUAGACUACUAGUGGCCUGAAAGAAUAAACCCAUCUUCCCAAACCAUUCUCCUUCUUCCAAGCAGCUCAUUUAUGGGGAGAAUAACUUGAGGAAUUAACUCACAGAAUGAUAAACUCUUAGAAUUUUAGGGAGUUCAGAGUCAAUUUAACUCCAAGAGUCAGAUUUCUAUUCUCCAACCAUGUUUGUUGCAUGAAAAAAAAAAAAUUCUCUAUUUGGGAACCUUUUGUUUUACAUCAAGUUGGCUAAGCCUUAUAAAAAAACUUCAAUUGGAUCUUUGCACCUGCUCAGGAAAAUGCUUUAGAUAUGUAUUGACAUUUAUGUUGUGUAUAUGUGUAUGUGUGCAUACACAUUUGUGUUUCACUUAAGAUAUCUUAAAGCCUGUAGCAUGGAAGUAAAAAGGGAUACCUCAUCAUAAGUUAAUACUUGGUAUAAAAUAUUGUAUUUGAAAAGCCAAAAAUAUGUGGAAGUUUUUCAUUCCAAAUAUUAACUAUAUGGAAUGGAUGGCUUGACUGAGCUUCCUCUUUAUUUUACAUAUCCUGUUUUUUAGUCAAUAAAGUUCUAUUUCUAUAAAUUAGAAUGCAGAGCAAAUAUCGUGGCCUUUCUCCCCCCACCCCAUUGCUGGGGAUCAAACAACAAAGGGCCUCAUGCAUUCUAGGCAAAUGCUGUACCACUGAUCUACACCUCUGCACCUAUUCUAGGUUUUUGAAUGCAGUUUAAUUUUUGGCUCUGACAUCUAGCAAUUGAUCAUUCUUCAUUAUAUCUGCUAUUGAAAACAAUCCAGAAUUAGGGCCAGUUAUUUCCUGCAUCCCAGAAAAUUAUUUUGCAGCAAGCCAUUGUUAAAAAUAAAUCUUGGCUAAGGGCUGGGGGUGGGGUGAUACAGGACACGGGAGGCCCAGGAUUCAAUCCCCAAUAUCAUUCAAGAAAAACAAAAAACAAAAAACAAAAAACAAAAAAAAAACAGUCUUUGUGUACUGGGAAAGAGUGCAUUAUUAUUUACUGUUGACAUCUUCAUAGUUCUCAAUCAAAUUGGAUUUAUUGCUUGGACUUUCUGCUUUCCCUACGUAGAUAAGUUAUUCAUUGAAGCAGUUUAUCAUAGUGAUUUAUCUUGUGUGAAGGAAAAUCAAUAAGAAGAAAUCUGGAAGGUCAUCCAGAUUCAUAUCUCUAGUCAUUGCAGAAGGAAAGUAACCUGAGGGGAAUAUCUGCUGCUCAUGUUUCACCAACACUAAUCACCAAGCUGGUCAUAAGCUUAUGAAAGCAGAAUCUUCAUAAUGGGAAAAAAAAACUUGGCAAAGAAUAGCAGGAUAACAUUGUGGAUAAACUUGCAUGAAAUAGAAAAUAAUAUGAGUCUACAUAGUAACAGUUGUAUACCUAACCAACUUUAUUAACAGAUUUUCCUAUGAUGAUAUGGUCUGAUAUUCUAUAACGAAUAAAAUGGAAAAUAUCCUAUUAGAGAUGCUACUCAACUUUACAAUGGAAUUAUAUACUGAUAAACCCAUCAUUAAGUCAAAAAUAUCGUCAGUCAAAAUGUACUUCGUACACCUAACCUACCAAACAUCAUAGCUUAGCCUAGCCUAACUGCUUAGUACACUUAGAUUAGCCUACAGUUAGGCAAAACCAUCUAACACAAAGCCGAUUUUAUAUAAAAUGUUGAAUAUCUCAUAUGGUUUAUUGAAUACUGUUCUGAACAUGAAAAACAGAAUGGCUAUAUGGGUACUCUUUUGCCCCAUAAUAGUUGGAAAUCCUAUUGUACUUGGGAAGUAUCUUUGUUUUGAAUUCGAUUAAUGGAAUUUACAAUGUAACAUUAAUCUGCUUUUUUUCUUGUAUGGAACUAUAAGAAACAAAUUUGACAUCUGAAAUCAACAAA